UAGUCGCAGAAGAAGACUCUCCAGCAGUCGCAGGUUGAUGACACACCAUCAGGAAAAUGGAGAGAAAACACAUGUCAGCUUUUGAAUUGUACAAAACGUUGUCAACAGAUUUGCCUCCUACUGCCACGAAGCCUCCCCUGCAGGUGGCAAAUAAGAAGAAAAGGAAAAAGGAGAAUGGGGCCAGUAAGGUCAUCCCAGUUAAAGCUCCAAUAAAGCCUGAAAGGAAGAAAAUGCGAAAGAAAUCUGCACAAAGAGAGGAGAGUCUUAAGGAAAGUACAAAAGAAGAGGAGUGUGUGAAUGGAGAUGGGGAGGCUGGUGAGGCUCUCGAUGCUUUGCUGGCCGAUCUGGUAAAAGUGAACAACAGCAGAGAGAGAGCCAGCAAGCUGUUCCAGUGGCUCAUCAACCCCAUUCCUGUCAAGUCCUUCUUCAGAGAAACAUGGGAGAAGAAGCCCAUUCUUGUUCAACGAAAGAAUCCAGAUUACUACAAGGGACUGUUCUCCACAGCCGAGUUUGAUCGCAUAUUAAGACAGGAUGAAGUUCAGUAUGGAGUGAACCUUGAUGUCACGAGCUACAAGAAUGGCAAGAGGGAGACGCACAAUCCUCCAGGGAGAGCUCUGCCUUUCACUGUGUGGGACUUCUAUGAGAGUGGCUGCUCCCUCCGCUUGCUGAAUCCCCAGGCUUUCUCCUCCACCGUGUGGAACGUGCUGUCCACUCUCCAAGAGCAGUUCGGCAGCAUGGCAGGAGCCAACGUUUACCUGACACCUCCUGGAACACAAGGCUUUGCUCCACAUUACGACGACAUUGAGGCGUUUGUGGUUCAGCUGGAGGGGAAGAAGCAUUGGAGAGUGUACAACCCCAGGUCGGAAGAAGAAGUCUUGCCCGUGCUCUCAAGUCCAAAUUUCAAUCAGGCAGACAUCGGGAAGCCGAUCCUGGAAGUAGUGCUGGAAGCCGGGGAUCUCCUUUACUUCCCCCGGGGAUUCAUCCACCAGGGCGACUGCCUGCCAGAUGCUCACUCGCUCCACAUCACCAUCUCCUCUUUCCAGAAGAACAGCUGGGGGGAUCUGCUGCAAAAGGUUGUCCCAGCAGCACUGGAAAUAGCGAUGGAGGAGGAUGUGGAGUUCAGACAGGGCUUACCUCUGGAUUACCUGACAUUCAUGGGAGUACAGAACUCUGACAAAAAUGACCCACGCAGGAUCAAAUUCUUCUCACGAGUUGAGCAUCUGAUGAAUAAGCUAACAACCUACGCCCCGGUCGAUGCUGCUGUGGAUCAGAAAGCCAGAGGCUUCCUGCAUGACUGCCUUCCUCCCAUGCUCACACCAGAGGAAUUGGCCACCAGUGUGCAGGGAGCAUCUGCGAGGUGGGAGCAUGGGCAGGUUUUGGAUGUAGGUGCGAAAAUCACUGCCAAGACUCGAGUCAGAGUUCUCCGUGGUGGAUGUGCCAGGUUAUGUAGUGACGGAGAAGCUGUUCAUCUUUACUACACAACAGAAAACUCCAGAGUUUACCACAAAGAGCAGUUCAAGAGUUUUGAAAUAAAAGUAGAGCACACCGACGCUAUCGAGUUUCUGAUCCAUUCAUAUCCCAAAUUUGUGACCGUAGGAAGUUUCCCGUGUGAUUCUGCACAAGACAGGAUCACUUUGGCUGAGCUGCUCUUUGAGAGGGGGAUCAUCCACACUGCUGAAGCUCUGUAGUGUCCACAGAUUCUUCAGUCAUGCAUGAAUCUGUACAAAAUAUUGCAGAAACACUUUUUUUCCGAUGUAUUCUUCAUUGGCUCUACUGGG